GAAAUAAGAGCCAGUGGAUCCGAGAGUAUCUGAAGUCGGAACCACUGUUUCCCAUCGAGCAGCAUCAGUAACAGCAGACGUGGCGUAGCAGUGUUGUGGUGUCAUUCGCAUUCGUGUUCUUAUUGUGUUAUAUUAAGAACUAAACAUUGUGUUAAUUAACAGUUAACUAUCCUUAUUCGACUGUUUAUUCUCUAGAUCUACAUAUUCUAUAUUUCUAUUAGGAUUAAAUUAAUAAUUACAGAAGUCUAAAUCUAAUUGUAAGUCAAGUAGAUUUAAGAAUAAGAACUUUUAACGAUUUUACGAAACAGUAAAAAAAAAAAAAAUCAACAACCGAAAUAGCUCUGACGCAAAAAAAAAAAAAAAAAAAGAGAAAAAAAAAAAGAUGCAAGAUGCCGCACUGUUUGAAAAGCCUUCGUCCAAACAAUUGGCAUCCAGCCAGUUUAUCAAUGCGUCAAUUUCUAAUGGAAAAUCAUCUGAAGUAUCUUGUUCCAUUUCUAAAGCAAUAGAAUUGGAGCAGACGAACGAAAACAGUGACGAGAUACAUAAAAAUAAUAUGAAUUCAACUGUCCAUAUGGUAACAAAUGAAUCUGCACAGUCAAUAAUUACAUCACAAUCUACGCCUAUUAUAUGGUCUGCUGCUACAGUUUCAACUACAUCACUGGAAGAAGCAUAUGUUCAAGCAGUAACUUCAGUCAACAGCACUGCUGGUGUUACAUUUCAUCAAUUUUCACCUAUUACCAUGAAUUCUAACACAGGAAUAUUUAGUUCUAAUGUUGCCUUUCCAUCAAAUCAAGCUUCUUUAUCAUCACAGCAUGGAAGAAGAGCCAUAACAGGUCACAGUAACCUUAGCAAUAUACCAAGACAACAACAAAAUUUAAUGGUUAAUACAUGUAGCAAUCCAAAAAUUUUGCCCAAUUGGAAUAAUUCACACCAACCAUCUUGGUCUACUCAAACAACACCAGCAGCAUCACUUUAUCCUCCAUGGAAUAUUCAACAGAGAAGAUCAGUUCCAAACAUGAGUGCUUUAGCGCCUGUAGCUGCGAAAAAGCAAACAAUUCAACAACAAUUACAGUCAUCCUAUAAUGUACCAUCUAAAUUUAGACGAAGCACUUCCUUUCCAGGUCAAAUUCAAGCAAAUGUGCCUGUGGGAUCUAAGAAUCCAUAUGAUUUUGCAUUUGACGAUGUGGCUUAUCAGAACAAUUCUAGUCAGUUUGAUUCUAUUAAGUUUCCAGCAUUAGAAAAUCAGCUUCUUGACAUUAUGAAACAUUCAUCACUGGAAGGCAUACAGAUGAGAAGUGAUACACUUAAAGGUAAAAUGCCUUUUGUUAUUGAGGAUUCCAGCAUUGAUGAUGGAUCAUUAGAUCAGACAGUACCUAAUUUAUCUGGAACACCCCGUUCAUCUCCAAGUUCUCAAGGCUUAGAUCGCAUUGAAAGGUUUUCAAGAAAAGUAUUUGUAGGUGGUUUGCCUCCUGAUAUCGAUGAAGAAGAAAUAACUACAGCUUUUAGAAGAUUUGGUGCACUGGUUGUUGAUUGGCCCCAUAAAGCAGAAUCUAAGUCUUACUUUCCUCCCAAAGGCUACUGCUUUCUGAUAUUUCAAGAUGAGUUGUCAGUCCAAAGUCUUAUUGAAUCAUGUUUAAUGGAUGAUGACAAAUUGUAUUGGUGUGUUUCAAGUCCAACAAUGAAAGACAAACCAGUACAGAUACGACCUUGGAGUUUAAGUGACUCUGAUUUUGUUAUGGAUGGCUCACAGCCACUUGAUCCUAGAAAAACUAUAUUUGUUGGUGGAGUACCACGACCCUUAAGAGCAGUUGAGUUAGCUAUGAUAAUGGAUCGACUGUAUGGUGGUGUUUGUUAUGCUGGCAUAGACACGGACCCAGAAUUAAAAUACCCCAAGGGUGCUGGGCGUGUUGCAUUUUCGAAUCAACAAAGUUACAUUGCUGCUAUUAGUGCUAGAUUUGUCCAACUACAGCAUGGUGAUAUUGACAAAAGGGUUGAAGUUAAACCUUAUGUUCUGGAUGAUCAGAUGUGUGAUGAAUGCCAUGGAGCUCGAUGUGCUGGAAAGUUUGCACCAUUUUUCUGUGCCAAUGUGACAUGUUUACAAUAUUAUUGUGAAUAUUGUUGGGCACAGAUCCACUCUCGUCCAGGAAGAGAAUACCACAAGCCAUUAGUUAAAGAGGGAGCUGAUCGCCCAAGAGCUGUACCUUUUAGAUGGUGUUAAUUAAAGGUGAUUGAUCCUUCGAAGUCAGAUUUUUCUUUCAUAUUAAAACCAAAUUUUUGAAACCUUAUAUAUAAAUUGUUUUAAAGUCUUUUUGUAGCUUCUCUUAGGAAAAAAAAAAAAGCACAAUUUGAUGAAUUUUUUUUUCAACGAAUUCAUUAUUUUUUAACUCCACAUUUAUAGUACCGUAAUGUUCAGUACUUGCUAAAUCAUAUUUUUUAUAAUGCAUUUUUAAAGCUUCCAAUUUUCUAGUCCCUUUUGCACGUAUAAAAUAAAAAAAAAUAAUAAAAAAAAUGAAGUAAACAGUUUUCAAAGAAUUUAUAUUAUUCAUAUGAGUAUAAAUUUUUUCUUUUAACAAACAUUUUGUGAAACUUGGAUUUUUUAUCAAUAAGUUAAUGACAUAGCAUUUUUCUUAUUUAUUCAUAUUUUGUUUAUAAAAUUUUAUGUUGUUACAAACCAAAUUUUAUUCAAUUAUUUUUAUGAAAUCUUGCCCUUUAAAAAAUGUUUUUCUAUGUUGUUUUGUUGAUAAACAUUUUAAAAUUACUUUUUUGCUAAAAUUACAUUAAAAAAAAGAAUAUGAUAGGCAGUUUUUUUUUGCCAAAUAAUGUAGAAAUAUUUAACUUUAUUUCAGAUUGUUAACCCAUUUUCUUUUACUUUUAAAUUUAUAUUUAUCUUUUUCUUCAUUUAUUUUAUAUUACUGUCAUUAUUUUCAGCUUUCCUUUUUUUUUUUUUUAACCUUGUCAUCUUAUUCAUUUUAGAUAUGUUUUGAUAUGUACUUUCCAUUCUAAAAAUUGGUGGGUUUUCAAGUAACUAUAGCUUAAGCAAUUAUAAAAUGUGAAACAAAACAUCACAAUUUUUUUUUUUAGUCAUUUGACCAAAAAGUAUUAGCACAAAUAUUUUCUUACUAAGUAGAUUUAUUUUGCAUAAUGAACUAGAGUAUUUCUAAUCAUUAAAAAAACAAUCACUUUUGUUGAAAGAAAACAUAAAACUACUUCAUGUUGUUUUUUUAACCUUUUGAGAAAUAAUUGUCAGAAAGCUUAAACACAACUUAUUCUCUAAAGGUUAAACAAAUUUUAAAGACUAUGAAAAUACCACACUCUCUACUUAGACUUUUGUUCAUAAUGGCAAAAGCAGGAAGAACAAUGGAAAAGCCCAUGAAUAUUAUUUUUGUCAAAAGCAUUUUAACCUCAAGUGUUCUUAAUUUUUUUUUUUUACUAAAACUUUGUUUUCCCUUUUCUGCAGGGAGUUAAAAGUAGUUUUUUUUAAAAGUACUUUUUUUUAAAAUCAUUAUUAUGUUUUAUUUAUUUCAAAUGCAAUUGGCAUUUCUGGUAGUUGUAAACAACAAAUGUUGAGUGAUAUGUAUAAAAUAGACUCAUUACCUUAUUGCAUGCAAAAUUAUUUUUUGAACAUUUUUUUUUGUAAUUGUAUUUCAUAACUGUGAUGUUUUCACCAAAAACAUUCUAUGGGUAGAAUUGUACAUACGAUAUAUACAUAUUCUAUAUUUAUAUCUAACUAUUUUAAACUAUUUGUAAUUUUGAAAUUUCCCCAACUUCUUCGUUCAGCAUAUUUUUUGUCUCAAUUUUCAUAACCUAAAGUCCAUUUAGAAAUGCAUUCCAUUAUUUAUUCUUUGCAAUAAUACUGCAAAAUUACUAAUUAUUGUUUUAUUUUUUAUCUUUUUUCAUUUUUAUUUAUUAAAAAAAGAGAAAAAUCUGUAAAGAUAUAUUUUUUGUUUCAAUUAAACUUUUUAAAACCAAAUAGCCUGCUAUUUUACAUUACUAUUAAAAACAAGAUCUUAAGAAAAAUUGUUCAUAAUUUUUAAAAAUUUUUUUUUGUAGUCUAUUUAGGUAUUUUAAUAAUAGUUUUUAAAAAAAAGAAGAAACAAUCAAACGAGAAAGCUAUUUCCCGAAAUGUUAUAAAGUAAAGUUAUUAAAUUAUUACAGUUCAUUUUUUAUUGUCAACAUAUUUUAUUAUUUGAUUAUUACUAUGAAUCUCGUAAUAUCUAGUCCAAUAGAUUUAAAAUAAAUCUCAAUUAUCUUUUACAAGUUUUUUUAAUAGAUAAAAACUUGUUAUUAUUAUUUUAUCUUUUUUUUUUUCAA